UACGUAGGUUUCUAGGAUUGUGCGCCGUUUUUUCCUUUUUACGUAGUCUUUCUUUCUCACGUCAAUUUGGCUGCUUAGCGACUGCAUGGCGGAUGACAUGGAAAAUCUUUAUGCCCGUAUGAGUUUAGAGGAUGACGACGAGGAUGGAGUGGACUUGGAUGAGCUUGUACAGGAGGAGGUACCAGCGGGGAAGCCCUUAUGCAUGAUAGGGAAAUUACUCACAGAUAAGCCUUUUAAAUUUCCUUAUUUUCGAGAUACCAUGGCUGACGUUUGGUGGCCGGGAGGAGGGGUGAACAUCCGUGAAAUUGGGGAUCGCAGACUGUUGUUCCAGUUCUAUAAUGAAUGUGAUUUUGAGAGGAUUUCGGUAGAUGGGCCGUGGUGCUUUGAGAACGCGCUUUUGGUUUUGCAUACCCUGCAAUCGGCUGAAAACCCUAUUCAGGUAUCACUUUCACGCUCAGAUUUUUGGGUUCAAGCAUACAACCUACCCUUCUAGUUGUUUACGAAGAGGGUUGCCCAGAUAAUUGGGGAUCAAAUGGGACGCUUUGUGUCAGUUGAUGAGCAGAAUUUCAAGGGUUGUUAUAAGGAGUUUAUGUGAAUCCAAGUGUCGCUUGAUGUUGAGGCUCCUCUGAAACGGCGGGUGAAACUGAAACGCGGAGGGGAACCUAUUUGGGUUGAUCUAAAAUACGAGAGAUUACCGCAUUUUUGCUUCAUAUGCGGCUUAAUGAACCAUGUUGAUCGCAUGUGUUCUGGGCGUUUUGAAUAUGUGGAAGGCGGAAAGGAAAGAACUUAUGGGCCUUGGUUAAGAGCCGGGAGCAGAAAGGGCAGUUCGAACAGGGGGAGCAGAUGGCUUGUGGAUGGGGAAGGAAAUUUCUUGUACGGCAGCCCUCCAAGUGUUGCUGCAGCAGGUGUUCCGGCCGACGGGGAAGGGAUGGUGGAAAUCUCUUCACAUGCAGAUGGAGGGAUGACUAAAAAACGCGAUUAAUUUAUGCAAGGAAGUUUAUCAGCAUAUGUUUCGAGACAAGUCGCCAGGGCCGAAUGGGUUGAGCCCAGGAUUUUAUCAACAUUACUCGGACGUGGUAGGUCCGGAUGCGAUUAAUUUUUGCAAGGAAGUUUUCAAAACAGGUAAACUCCCUUAAAAAAUUAAUCAUACGAAUAUUGGAUUAAUCUUGAAAAAAGACAAAUCGGAGGUUAUUGGUGACUGGAGACCUAUAGCCCUCUGUAAUGUGAUUUAUAAGAUUUUCUCUAAGCUUCUGGCUAAUAGAAUGAAAAAAUGGCUUCACCUGUGUAUCUCAGAACAGCAGAGUGCUUUUAUUCCAGGUAGACAUAUUGUGGAUAAUAUUAUUUUGGCUUUCGAAUCCCAACAUUUUUUAAAACGGAAGCGUCAGGGUAAGACUGGGUUGGUAGCUCUUAAGCUAGAUAUGAGUAAGGCAUAUGACAGAGUUGAAUGACCUUUUUAGGAAGGGAUGAUGCGGCAUUUGGGUUUUGAAGAAAGGUGGGUGCGGUUAGUGAUGGAGUUUGUCACUUCUGUUUCGUAUUCCAUUCCUUUUGGCGAUGAGAAUCCCCUAUCGCCAUACUUGUUUCUUCUAGUUGUAGAAGGCCUUAGUGCACUCCUUCGUAGAUAUGAGUCCUCGGGUCGUAUUCAUGGAGCUACGAUUGCUCGUGGAGCGUCGAUGAUUUCUCACUUGUUUUUGCAGAUGGUAGUCUGCUAUUUUUUUUGAGCUAUUACACAUGAUGAGGCUGCUCUUGUCAAAGAAACUUUAGCAGAUUAUGAAGGGGCUUCGGGUCAGGUAAUUAAUUUUAAUAAAUCCAAAGUCUUUUUCAGUUCUAAUGUUUGGGAUGAUUGCAAGGAGGGUCUGACUCGUCUGCUUGGGGUGGAGUUGGCUGGGAAGGAUGAGAGGUAUUUGGGGUUACCGACUCUGGUUGGGAGAGGGAAGACGGAAAUUUUGAGUUAUAUUAGACAGAGGGUGGUUUAUCGCAUCCAUAACUGGAACAAUAAUUUCUUGUCAAAAGCGGGGCGGGAGGUUCUUUUAAAAUCUGUUAUCCAAGCUAUGCCUACAUACACUAUGAAUGUUUUUUUACUGCCCAAUGAAUUAUGUCGGGAGAUUGAAGUUUUAAUGAACGGUUACUGGUGGAAAGGUAAGUCUGGGAAGGGCAUCCGGUGGAAGGAUUGGGCUUCUUUAAGUAAACUAAAAAAGGCCGGGGGAAUGGGGUUUAGGAGGUUAAAGGAGUUCAAUCUAGCUAUGUUAGCUAAGCAAGCCUGGAGAAUUUUCACUAACCCCGGGUCGCUAGUUAGUAGAGUGUUUAAGGCCCGCUGCUAUCCUAAAGGGGAUUUUUUGUCUGCCUCCCUGGGUUAUAAUCCCUCAUUUAUUUGGAGAAGUUUAUUUGAGACCCAAGAAAUUAUUAAAGGGGGUUACAAAUGGAGGGUAGGGGAUGGUAAAUCCAUUAAAAUUUGGGAAGAUCCUUGGUUACCUGAUAGGGAGAAUCCUAGGGUUAUCUCUGAUGUUGGAUUGGGGUUAGAACAAACGGUGGUUGCAAAUUUAAUGGACGAAUCUGGGAAGGCAUGGGAUAUGGAUGUUCUGAGGGAUUUGUUUGACAGUAGGGAUGUUGGUCUGAUUCAGACGAAGGUGUGCAGCGGGUGUCUCCCGACGAAGGAGAACUUGUGUUCUCGUCGGGUGGACUGUUCGGAUCAGUGCGGUUUGUGUGGUACUACAGAGGAAUCUUUGUCUCAUAUUUUUUUGGACUGUGCUGUAGCAAAGGAAGCUUGGUCGAAGGUGGCGUGGAGUUGGACUGAUUCUGGUGCCAGCCACUUCUUGGAACAGGUGCAGCAAGAAUUUCAGCUUCGGAGGAAGAAGGAUUUGAUGAAAAUGAUUUGGGGCUGUUGGGGGAUUUGGUGCGAAAGGAAUCGUCGAGUCUGGCGGAACACAUCCUCUUUACCACGACAGGUUAUGCUCAAAGCGGAAGCUUUCGUGGUUGGAUGGUGCUGUCCGUGCAGACUCUUGUGGGUUCGGGUGGUGCUUACGAGAUGAAGAGGGUAGGUUCGUGGUUGGGGCUGCUCAACCAUGGUUUGGGAGUUUGUCGCCGUUGGAAGCUGAAUUGAUGGGGAUUAGAGAAGCUCUUAGAUGGCUACUGAAUUUGGAGAGGUCCAAUGUUGAAAUUGAAUCUGACGCAUCUCGUGCUAUCUCGGAGAUUAUUAAUGGCUCAAGCUGCUCUUCUGUGGGUUUAAUUGUUGAAGAUAUUAGAGAUAUUGCGAAACAUUUUUCUAGUAUUUCGUUUUCUUAUGUUGGGCGAUCAGCGAACAAGCUAGCUCAUAUCAUUGCUAGAGCUGCUUGUUCUAUGUCUGAUUUGCAAUCUUGGCUUUAUACUCACUCCUCC